AGAUAUUAGGAAUACAAAAAAAAAUUAAAAAAAAAUGAAGAUACAUGAAUUGUUUUCAAGUAUUUUGCUCAUAAUUGUCUUGCCUGGAGCAUAUACUCACGAUUCGGCAAUACAAAAUGGAGAGUGCGAAGACGCAUCAGUUACCAUUUCCGCACCAUCAGACGAAAAUUGUGAUGAGAAUGACAUCAAUUGUAAAGAAUUUUACUUUGAUGCCGAAAAUCUGGGAGACCUCGAACGAGAAGUCUCAGCAUACGUUGAAAGUCAGUUAAUCAAUGAUGUAAAUGGCGUCACCACUGAAGCAACGGAUAAUUCUAUCGCUAAAACACCGGCGAUACCGACAUCUACAUCUAUUGUUACCACUGAAUCAUACUACAACAAAAGUCAAGGAACUGUGGUACUUGGGCAAGAUCAGGAUGAAAAACUGGGUGGAUUUCAAGCCAAAGAUUCUUUUCGUGGUGUCAUAAAGAAUUGCAUGCUCUGGAAUCGCACUUUAACCCCCGGCGAAAUUAAAGAUAUGCAAGAUGAAUGCAACUGUCCAAAAGAUUACAUCAUGUCUGCCACAAAAAAUGACCACAUAUAUGGAAAUGUGACUUCGGAAUUCUCCGAUACAUGUUGA